GCCGUCAUCGCUUUUUUUAUAAUAAACUUUUCAAAUUGUUAUCCUGAGAUUGUGUGCCUACACUAAACAAACAUAAAGUUCGUCUCUGUAGGGCGUUUGUUGGUGCCACGCUGUACUGGCACCGCCCGGAUCGGCCGCCUUUCGUCAGUGUUACGCUUCCGCCCAGCCUCUGCUCUUCAAACCACUUACAAUUCUUUAAUCCAUAAUCUUUGUUUCGUAAAAGUUGAUCUACGCGCGUGUAUUUCGAAAUGUUAGUAACUCAAGAUAUUACUGUUAAGGAAUUGGUGGAUUUACACACAUAAUUCAACAAUGAAUGGAAGAUCUGAUGCGUCAACAUCGACAGAUGACGUGCUGAAGGGUCAGCCGCUGUGUCUGUUUUACUUCACGCACCCAUUUGGCGUGGUGUCUCCGGAGCCACCGUUGGUAACAGCGCCGCCGUCGCACUUGGCGCGCUGCUUUGCCAACACGCCUUUUAGCACCUCAACGCCGGACUACUGCUCCGACUCUACGCCGCUUGACGAGCUGCUGCGCCGGGACUCUUUCUCCUCGCUGCUCUCCAGCUCGUUAUGGCUGAGUUCGGGGAGCGGCGAGCGGCGCGUGCUACCGUGCCACAGACUUCCGCCAUUGCGAUUGCCCUCCCCGCCGCCUGUUCCAACGCCGCCCAAAGCCCUCGCUCCCGCACCGCCCGACAGAGUUUUCUUGCCCCCGAUACAACUUUCCCUUGGAGCUCCCGACGCAGAUCGGGAAUGGUUUAGGGAUGUGACUAAACGGCCAAAGCUCAGUGGCGUACGCAGGAUGCUGACCGGGUUGGUGCGCAGAAAUAUUGAAGGCGGGACAAGACGGCGUCGUCGACGAGCAUCGCCUGGUGUGGGACGAGCGUCUCCAUCUUUACGACGAGCAUCGCCGGCGUUGAGGGAGGCUUUGCGGGUGCUGAGGGACGCCUGGCCAUCGCCUGCGCCACUGCGGCUCCGUUUCAGAGGUUCCGGUGACGAACGCAGCACCGGCGCAAGCGGAGAAGAUAGUGGUGAUACAGUAGAAAACACUGGUAGAGACACAGAGAAUCAAAGCCAGGCGCAGGCUAUGUGGUGGGGUGGCGCAUCCCCCGGCCUGCUGCGGCGCCGCUACUCUGUUCCCGAGACUAUAAUGAGGAAAUAUCGGUUGGCUCAACAGCGCACUGAGUGGGAAGAGGAAAGUGCGCGGGAGUCGGCGCCGGCAUGUGGGCGGUGCACGGGUGAAUGCGGAGGCGUCGCUGUGGGUGACAUGCGAAAGUCUGCCUUAUUACGAGUGUGGGGUCGCGCCGAGCAGUCGCGCUGCCGUUGCGGCGCCACGCGCUCUCUCGACGGAUCCCGAUGCGAGCUAAGACAGUCGUCACGCUGCGUUACUCCUAAACGGCCCCGUCUCGAUGCUUUAUCACGCUCUCCCGAUCCAACCCUAAGACUCACAUCUAGUGCAUAUUCCAAUAAAUCUACGAAAAGUUCAGAAACAGCGCUAUUUUCAACUGAUACCAGUUCUAAUUUUCGACAGAAAAUUCUAACAAAUCCCACUGAUACAUUUUCCGAAGAAUACUCGUUCACAGAACCGUCUGACCCUACGUCAAUGCCAACCGCUAAAGAGAUCCCUAUUCGAACCAGCGAACUACGUGAAGUGUCAUCGAGCGGCAGUCAUAUUGAUGGUCGUGUCAGCGAGGACACGCUCAACGCGGAAAAUGAAGAUUGCAAUGUCCUCCCUUACAACCAGCCUCUGUCCAUCGAUACACAACAAUAUGAGAUUCUUGAAAUCGUGGUUUCGGAGACGUUAAACGUCCAACAGAGCCGGGAUUUAAAUUAUGAAGGCUUGUCGAGUCCAGUCAGAAAUACGACUAUCAAAAGUAAGAAAAUUCCAAAUAUCAAUAUAGAUGAGUAUGUAUCUAAUAUAUUAGUUGAAAGUUUGAAUUCACUUACUGACCAAUUAGAGUCUAUAAACGCUUCCAUGGGAUAUGAAAAAAGACUAAACAUUGUUGAGAAAGAAAUCAAAGUAAAGUUACAAAAUACAGGGGUUAACACAAUUGUCCACCUUAGUCCUACUUCUAAUAAUCAAAUCAUAUUUGGGAAUGAAGAACUUUGUAAUAAUGAUGGUAGACUAGGAAUCGAGAAUGACGUGAGAAAUGAGAGCAGCGUUCAUAUAAGAGACAGUGCAUUAAGCGUUGAGACGAAUAAUAAUCUUACCUCAGCAGAGAGUGUUAGGGAUAACAACGGCAACGGUGGUCGGCAGGAACCAGAUGGCUUUUUGACUGUUACCAACAAUGACUCCGUUAACAAAGCAAUUUUACAGCAGAUACAGAAACUUUUUAAAGAUGAAUUUAAAAAGAGUGGGGGUGAGAAAGUAAUUUCUCAUACACAAACAUCAAACGUUGACAUUGAUUUAAAUAAGAAUAUUGGCACGCAUACAAAUUCUGAGUCUAAUAAUUCAGCAACUUCAUUAACGCAAAUGCCAAGUAAUUCGAAGUCUUUAGAGGUUUUAGGCGGAGUGGGUGCUAGAAAUUAUUACGAGGACGUUGAAGAAAACACCUUAAUUCCUAGAUUAUCGGCUUUACCUCACAGUGACUCCAUGGAAGUGAAUACAUCAUCUUCUGACGACACUGAUAUGCUGGGGUCGGAGUGCGCCAGUCUUGUUGACAGCCUAGAUGACCCCAAUUCACCACGCUGUGCCCUAUUACGCCGGAGCCGCGCCUCGACACACAGAGCCGAUCUUGUACGGUCAGCUAUUGAUGUGUUGGACCUCCUACCGGAGAAUGCUCAAAAUGGUGUUAAUUCUCCCAAAGAAAAAGGUGAAUCUUUUUUCGUAAGAAUAAAAGAUGGCGAUUGUGACUGCGAAAAGGAAAAUAUGAUUGUAGCAGAUCAUAUGCCGGAAACCAUUAAGCAGAGAUUAUUCAGAAGACACAGGAAACGAGAACAACGAAUGGAGUGUGUUAAACGGACCAAAGUAAAACAAUUGAGAAGAGAUGUAAGAAACAAACAAAACGAAGAUUAUAAAUUUAGAAAAGAAAUUGAGAAAGAGUGUUUUGCCAUCGUUAAUGCGCUCAUUGAUGAUGUUAUAGCAAAGAUUGUACAGAAUGAAUACAAGAAUUUAAGAAUCAAACAGCAGUCAUAUAAUGUUUUAGCUGCAAAAUCCGAAGAGAAUUUAAGCAGGAAAUCCAAUAAAAAAGAGAAACAAUCAUUGCAAUCAAAUAAAAGUAGAAUGAUUCACUCUCAAUCGUGUUCAGAAUACAUUGACAAGAAAUUACAGAAAUUGAAUCAACAACAGCAUGUCAAAUCUAGUGUUGAUUUACCACCAACGGUCGUCGAGCCGAAACCGAAGCGAAUUUAUCAAAAAUCCGAAAUUUAUGACGGCAGUAAGUGUAUAGAAAUUCUUGAAAUAUUAGAGUACGCAAACACUUCUCAAAAUUCUUCAGAUACUACAAACUCUGACGAAAAUCACAAUAACUUUAUAAUAAAAAGCAAGAAGUCAAGAAUACCAAUUCCUGUUUAUGAAAGAAUUGAACGUUUACCAAAAAGUAGCAGCCAAAAAAAAUAUAAGAAUGAUUGCUCGCGAAGUCAGUCACCUCAGACGAGGGAGAGAAAUCAGAAAACCAAGCAGUUAUUGGCUAGUAUGCUGUUCGAUGCAUUUGCGGGAGAUUCGGGACCGGCUCAAGACACCUCGCACCGUCGUCCACCUGUACCGUGUGAGACCCGCGCGAGGUCCAACUCAUUACGGUUUCAUAAUCCUUUCGAUAUUAUACCUGAAGAGAAAAGCAGUCUGAGUAUGGAAUCCACAGGUGAAGAGUCCGCUGGACGCCGAGCUUCUGCGCCCAGCCUUGCCGACGACACGUCUAUUGAGUUCAACGAAAAACCCAAAGCACAAGAAAGACUGCAGACGCCUAAGUUGCCCACCAAAUAUCUUAAGAAUGCAGGAACGUCUCCUAUGCCGGAGCUGAAGCAGCCACAAAAACACGUAGGCACAGCAACAUCGCCAAGUCGCAAGUCAGCCGCUACCAGCCCCCGGCGCCCACCACCAGCAGCAGGUUACGAAAAACGGAAGUCGGUAACGACACAGUGCGAUGAGACGGUAAAAACAAUAAAAAGUGAUACGGAAUCAAAUAAUGUACGAAAAAUCAAAAGUCACAAUUGUCUCAAUAAUCACACUAAAGCACCACAGAAGCAAACGAGACCCAAAUGCGAGCGGGAGAAGUAUAAAAGUUCAGCACAAAGUGUAGGUUGCGAUGCGGCGUCGGAGGAAAGCAGCAGCUCGGGUGAAUCAGAUGCCGCGCUGGUGUCACCAGCCUGGCUUGCAACACGACGCCGACGUCGUGCGCCCCCUGCCACCCGUCUUGGUAGGUCAUCGCCUGACAUUAGCUUACAGCUUUGCCGACUCCAAAAUCUAUCAUGGAUCCUAUAUGCAGGCGAGUGGGCAGUGACGGUGGCAGGUUCUUGUGCGGCCGCCCUCCCUAAUGACGUCGAGAUGCGGCUACGUUUUCCUGAUCCGCGGCCAUCCCGUCACAACCCGCAUCCCGCAUCGCCUCCGCGGCCGGCACAUCGUCUUUCGGAAUCCUGUACGAUGGGUAGCGAGCGGGCAAGGCGAGGCAGCGAGCGGCUCACUCUCACGGUCAAGAAGGAAGCCUCAGAUUCUUCAGUUGUUGCAUCAAAGAGCAUGAAGAAAUCUCGAGAUCUCCUACCGGAGCUGCAGGAGACAUUUCGCGCUUCCCGCACAGACACACGGAGCUCCCUCAAGGCGGUUGUUUCAGACUCGGCGGGGAUGCUCCCUUCAUUGCUGGCUUCCGGAAGAAGACUCCGCAAGCAUCAGGUCAAUUACCUUAAUUCCUUAAGAGGAAUCCACAUUAAUUUACAGACAUAAACGUGUAUAAUAGACAAGGACCAAUACAUGUUUGUACUUUGAUUGUGUGCAGGGCGCGUGGCGAUAGUAACGGAUCUCUGUGUGUGUCGGGUCGCGGCAUCGUGCCGGAACGCAAGCCGCCGCGAGCCCCUUCCAUUCGGACUCGACGCUACCCAUCCGAUAUGAGAUAUUAAAAUCUUCCUUACA